GAAUAAAAAGGUGCGUUACCACCGAAGCAAAAAUGAAUUGCAUGCAGGUGGAACCUUGCUUAGACAGUUAUGAGGGGACGACUUUAAAAGAAAGUUAGCAUGCGGGUCUUAAGAUUUCUUGGAUCCUUGGAGAUUAGUGCCACAAAGAUGCACCGCGUUUCAGCGGCAAACGGGUCUUUUUCUGCGAGAAUAUUCAUACAGAUGGACACCCCGUUCCUUGUGCCCACCAGCCUGGUUUUGGUGUUCACUUUAAUUGCUGGUAUUUUCGGGAACGUGCUGGUUUGUUGCGUGGUUUAUAAAUGCAGAAGUUUGCAAACUGCGAAUAACGCGUUAUUGGUAAACCUGGCCGCGAACGACUUGCUCAAAUGCACGCUGGAUAUCCCGCUGUUCAUGCUUGCCGUGCUGUUUGGGAGAAUCCAGAUUGACUUGGGAGAACUGAUAUGCAUUAUGCAACAAUUUACCUAUUCUCUCAGUAGCUGUGUGCAGUUGACAACCUUGGUUAUCAUAAGCGCGGAACGGUUCCAAGCGAUAGCGCACCCCUUUGAAACGGAUAAAAGAAAAUUAAGAAUCAAGUUUUGGAUUUUGAUGAUCUGGACUUGUGGUUUUUCGAUGUCGGUUUUGUCGGUUACUUUGGCAAAGGACACUCCGCUGUACUUAAUGUGCCGGCAUCUUCCGCUCGACGCUCAGAGCUACUUCAAUCCCUUUGGAACGUACGUCUUGGUCCCAUCUUGGGCUGUCAGUUUGGCGCUGAUUCUUUUUAAUUACCUGCGGAUUUUCGCGGUGGUGCGACAGCAUGCCAAUAAAAUAUUCGACGCUGGCAUUUUAUCUCAGCCCACCUCUGGUAAAACAGAGUCUACAUGGCAAAAUGUAACUACUGCGGGACCGCUACACCGCUCUCAAGACAACUCUGGGCAGUCAGCCAUAUCUCAAGCCGAAGAAAGUGCACAAGCGGCGGCUGAAAGCACUUCGGUGCCCGCUUUGCAAUCCAGCUCUUCAGGAACGUCGCCCCCUAAAGCCCCCGAGUUUGUGGGUGCGGUGUGCCUUCUCACAGCAACAUCCAGGGAACACGCCAAAAAAAGCAUUGAAGGGAAAGUGGCUAAACGAUUUGGAUACAUCAUCAUCGCUUUUCUGGUUUUCUGGAUGCCAGUGGUCGUCAUUUUGCUGCUGAACUUCUUUCUGGAAAAGGAUUUGACUAAUAUUACGUUGCUUUUGAAGCUGGAAACCUUGGCUGUGGCGCUGACCUGCGCUCCCGCAGCGGUCAAUCCUUUCAUCUACACCGUCGUGAACCGGCAGUUUCGCUGUGAAUUCCGAAAAGUGUUUAACAAAUGGAGAAACUACAUACGAGGCUCAUAGAGAAACGGGGAGCCUGUAAACUCACGUUUUCCUUGUCUGAGCAAAAAAAAAAAAGAACACGAGAAAAAGCAUGCAGACGCUGCCCUGCCGAUUUCUCUCUAGAACACGCUGCAAGAACAUCGUUUAAGAACCAGACGAGGCUAUUCGGCCAUCGACGCUCCUCCGCUUCCUCGUAGCUGACUGAUCUCAGAACCUUGUCAAGACGGGUCUUAAACGAUCCCACUGAUUCAGCACCAGCAACGCGAGGAUUGCAAUUCCUGAGACAUUCCGUGGCUUCAAUCUGAACCGAACUGAAAUCCAACACUGAUCUCACUACUUGGGUGAUUGCGCUCAGAAGCGCGUUGUUUGCGGUGACAUGAAAGACAUGCUUCUCAUGUUGCGCGCCUCAGUCCUAACUAGCACUCAAACUAGCUUGAGCGCGUGGUGUUUCUCGUUUGAAACGAUGCUCUACCCGAUUGGAGACGAGUUUACAGAAAUGAUUAGGAGCUGUCCGUGGUGCUGAAGGUUAGCCGUGCAAUGGUUUGAUCACCAGUUCAUUUUAAGCUAUUAGGGCACGCAAACCCUAGAUGGAUACAGUAUACCAUCAAUACGUUUACACCAUGUUUGUGAAAGUAAAAAAAGCUGUCAAAGGUCCCGACCAGUUAUGAGAAAUCUUGUUUUUCACAAACCUUUAAUGGAAAAGUCUAAAGAAUAAGUAGCUUCAAAAGACAUUAUCUUAUUUAUUUAACUUUUUAAAAAGGCUGCAGUCAUUUUGAGUUUCCAGUGUCAUACAGUGAUGGCUGAUCUAGCCUGCAUUAUAUUUGUAUUCUGUGGGAGGAAAUUAGUACUGAAGAUCAGCUCCUGAAUCCAGGUAAUAUAUAUUAUUACAGUAAAAACCACACAGAUGAUUCAGUAAGUAUAUUAAUGAAUAUGUUUGCAGGUCAGGGGUGGCCCUGAUUCUGUAAAAUGCAGGUAUGUAACCCAGUGCUAGCUCAUUCCAGUGUGACGAGUUUAUAAAUAUCAAAUCAAUGACCGGCUCUCGUCGGGGGUUUCUUUAAUAGUGUCAGUCAAAGCAGGGCUGGGAGUGACUGAUAAUUACUAUUUUUAUUUUUAGCAGAAUGCUGCCACCUAGUGUCGUUUACUGGAAAUGACCCACAAGAUGUUUACCCCUUAAGGUACAAGGUACACACUGUAUGUGUCCCACAAAUAAAAACGAUGCUAAUCUUAGUUUAGCGAUGGUGUAAAAACCUUUAUGUGUUAAAAACUCAAAUAUCUAAACAAACACAUUACUGCUUAACCAGAGGCUUUUCUACCUCUACCAUUUCAAUAGCACACACACACCUGUCUUCAGUGACUCCUGUAUUUCAAUAUCACACACACACCUGUCUUCAGUGACUCCUGUAUUUCAAUAGCACACACACACCUGUCUUCAGUGACUCCUUUAUUUCAAUAGCACACACACACCUGUCUUCAGUGACUCCUUUAUUUCAAUAGCACACACACACCUGUCUUCAGUGACUCCUUUAUUUCAAUAGCACACACACAGUGACAUUUAUUGCAGGAGCACUUGAAUAAAACAUUACUAUAACAAUGUCAUAAAACAGCUUAACCUUCACCAGUCUUGACGCGUGUGUGUUAGAGGAGAAAUACAAGUCCAGUCGACAGCAGCAGCAGACUGAAUAUUGCUUCAGUGUGUCCAAAUUACUGUCUGUGCAACUGUAGCCUGUGACAGCAAUAAAACAAACCACAAACCUCUGUGUGAUCACAAAGAGCUUCCAAUGCAGGAUUUACUCCAGUAGUAAAUUAACUCCUGUUCAAAGUAAGCCAUCUGUUCAUGUUCCUAACUAAGUUAAAUAUUCCAGGGUCUUUUCAAACACUGUCAAGAUGUGUGUUUUUUAUUUCAGUUGGUAACUUUCACAUGAGUUAAUUAAAGAACGCUUUGGACCCUGCUUGUUGUAACAUUAAAGAGACUCUUAGUAUUGGGGUUACCCAUUGUACACAGCUCCUUAACCAACAGGCUGCACGUUUCCAUUCAUUUCAUCAAUUAAGACUGACCAAUCGAAAUGCAAUGGAGGAAGAAGUGAAUCUAGGGAAAACGUCUCUAUUAAAGUCAGGCAAGGGACCAACACAAUGUGGCUUCUUGCUUACUUAGCCGACUGACUUAUUUGUUAACACUCAUUAAAACUAUUUUGCAUUGAAAAGUCAUUGCCGCAAAAAAUUCUUUGCAGAAAAUAAAUGUGUCUCUUUGCAGACACUGAAGUGUGUCUAAAAUUCAGAUUCCUGAUGGGUGCGACUCACUCAAUCAGCGUGAUUGACACUCAUGUCUUACAAGGCACAAAACGCUGUAGAAAAACAAUCAUUUCUCAGGCUUGGUCAUGAAACCCGCUGUCAUUUUCUGUACUUGUAUGUAUUUAUUUUUAUACUAAUUGGUUGCACAUCUGGUCUAAUCGAUCACACCUGACAUGUUUCAGAUUACACUGAUGUGGAUAAAUAACCUGUUUAUGUCGAUUCCCUCAGUGUGAGGCUGAUCCAUCUUUUAUGAUGUGUGUGAUAGAUUUUAUAACAGAGAUGAAUGUGCGCCAGUCCACAAUGUUCUUUUCUAAUGCUUGUCCUUCACCCCGUUAUGAGGUGGAGAUGUUUCCAUCAGAAACACAGCAUACCAGUCUCUGUGUUAUUAAUAGGGACGUCACAUGAAUCUGGGCUGCAGUUGUUCAUAGAGUUUAACUGGCAUUGCAUGAACGUGCGUCGGCUUUGACUCACGUCUUUCCUGCCUGCAGGAAAUGGCUGAUCGAUUAUGAAAGAUCGGAUGUGAAUCAAUAAGAGAAUGCGUUGUCAAUGCAUUGAUGAGUGUUAUUGAUUAAACAUGCUUGGUAUAACUACACAGUGUGGAGUAGUGGUUAGGGCUCUGGACUCUUGACCGGAGGGUCGUGGGUUCAAUCCCCGGUCGGGGACACUGCUGUUGUACCCUUGAGCAAGGUACUUUACCUAGAUUGCUCCAGUAAAAACCCAACUGUAUAAAUGGGUAAUUGUAUGUAAAAAUAAUGUGAUAUCUUGUAACAAUUGUAAGUCACCCU